AUGAUCAUGCCACAUCGACCUACCCACUUGGACCAACACCGUGAACUUACGCUACUGGGCAAAGAUUGUGAGGCUGCUGCCUCCUCAUCCAGAAACGAACAGUUCAGUUUGAAUUUUAUUGACGGAUAUCAUCAUGCAAGAGUCCCCCUGGUUUUAGGUAUACUGCAGAAUGCAACGAUUCUCAUUGGGUUGGCACUGAAAGGCAGACCGAUAGCGGGGGUGAUUCAUCAACCGUUCUGGAAUCGAACGGUAUGGGGCCUGGAAGGUGUGGGAACUAUCGGCGUCGAUGUUCAUCCGCUACGUGGCAGAAAAGUGAUUGCGACGACCAGAUCGCAUGGCAAUGAGUUGAUGACGGAAACGUUGCAGGCGAUGAAUGCCGACGAAGUUCUCAAAGUUGGCGGUGCGGGCUACAAGGUAUUAUUAUUACUGGAAGGAAAGGCAAGCGCUUACGUGUUCGCCAGCAAAGGGUGCAAUAAAUGGGACACAUGUGCACCGGAAGCUGUAUUAAGAGCCGCAGGUACUUUUAUACUGAAGAACAUUUACUCCUGCAAUGACGUAAGAUACUCCCUAUCUUUCAGUUUUGCUACAGGGCCAAGUAAAUCGUUAUUUUCUAGUACAAACUACAUUAGUGAGAUCGUGUAA